AUGAACGUCGACAACGAUCUGGACCAUCAUUUGCUGCAUCAGUUCAGUUGUCUGGGCACCACGGACAAAGACGACCUGGUGAAGCAGCUGCAGAAGCUGCUGGCUGGCAGCCACCUGAAUGAGACGUCUGCCGCCUUCUUCCUGGAGAUGAACAACUGGAAUCUACAAGCGGCAAUUUGCAGUUACAUCGAUUUCCAGUCACCCCUCAAAGUUCCCUGUAUGACACUGAUAUGUGACAGCACGAUCGGCGAGGGGGAGUCUGUACCGCCAAGUACAAACUUCCAAAAGUCAUGGCGCAUACAAAACAGUGGUACAGAAGCUUGGCCAAACGGGAUUCACCUAGAGCUUAUCAGUGGAGAACGAAUGGGUGUUGCACGUGUAGCAGUUCCACCAUUAGGCCCCAAAGAGACCACAGAAUUGAGCGUAACUCUGUCGAGUCCUAGCGAAACUGGUGUCUACCAGAGUAAAUGGAGAAUGAUGACAGCCACUGGCAUCUAUUUCGGCGAGGUAAUCUGGGUGAUUAUAACAGUGAAUGAAUGUGGCACAUUGGCGCUCACUCAGCAACUGCAUCAGUUAAGUACUUCGCAGUCAAAUGAUGUACAAAUGUGCUAGCCUUCAACGUACAAAAGUCCCCUCUAAGAAGAUUUACGAGAUAUUAUAAGGCCCGCCGGGCUAUUGUGAGAAUCAAGAAUUAUUUCUGAAUUUUGUAUAGGUCAUUUUUUUUUCCACAACGGUUUACCGCUCUUGUACCUAACCAAAAUUCGUAAAUAUUCGGGAAUAUCGGGAAGGAACCACCAACAAUAAAGGUUGCAAUACAACUUGGUCAUAUACUUUCACGCCGAUGAAGGCAUCGAUUAUGUGCAAAAUUUAUUUUUAAGUUGUUUUUUUUUAUUACAUUUAUAUUUGUGCGCGAUAAGUUUUAUCCGGAUCCUCCUUCGUAAUUCGAAAGAAUUUUCUUGUAUGUACAGUGCGAGGAUUAAUUGUUUCCGCUGUUUAAAGAUAUCGAAUUUAUAUAAUCAUUAUAAUAUAGGAACCAUGAUUUUGUUGUA